UUCUCUGCUUUUUAAUAUCGCAUCGAACCUCUCGUCGCGACCAAAUCCUUUGUCUCCCCCCCCCCAAUCAAAUUAGGGUUAGGGCUCUCAUCUUCCUCCCCCCUUUCAUAGCCGCCAAUCGACGAUGACAGGCAAGGCGAAGCCGAAGAAGCACACGGCGAAGGAGCUCCAGGCCAAGGCCGACGCGGCGCUGACCAACAGAGGCGGAGGAAAGGCGGGGCUCGCCGACAGGACGGGCAAGGAGAAAGGCGGCCACGCGAAGUACGAGUGUCCUCACUGCAAGAUCACGGCGCCGGAUCUGAAGACGAUGCAGAUCCAUCACGAGUCGAAGCAUCCAAAGCUGCCUUACGAGGAGCCGAAGAAUCUCCACGAGGCUCUGGCCGCUGCUCCUGAGUCGUCUUCCAAACCGAAACCUGGAAUCAGAGGAAGCCUCAAGAAGUGAUGAUGAUUGUGUGUUUGGGGGUUUGUAUCGAAUUGCGUUGUGAUCUUUAUUAUUAUGGGUUUCUUCAAGUUGUCUGCAAUGAUGCAUAUGAUAUAAAGUAACUGAUGAUAUGAUAUCUCUUAUUAAUCUUUUGGAUUUGGCUCUUUUAUUUCAAUCAGACAAGA